AUGCCCCAAACAAUUGAGAACGCAAUUGAAAUAUGUGUUCGAAUGGGGGAGAGGUACUUGUGGGCUGAUAGGCUCUGCAUUAUACAAGAUGACGCAGAUGACAAGAAAAAUCAAAUAGAGGCUAUGGGCGACAUUUAUUCCUCCGCGCAAAUUGUGAUCGUGGCUGCCUAUGGCGAUAGUAUGGAAUUUGGGAUUCCGGGCAUCGGCGAGCCAAGAAAGACAGUCCAACAUAGUGAAGAUAUCUUUGACUUACGAAUUACGAAUGUCAUUCGAGAUGUCCAAGAUGAUCCGCUUAACGUCUGGGUCAAUCGCGCAUGGACAUACCAAGAGGCUGUUCUUUCGGAUAGGCGGCUCUAUUUUACAGACACUCGAGCCUUCUUCGAGUGCGAACGAUUGCUCUGUCACGAGGAUCAGUUUAACGUCGAAGAAAGUCGAAAUGAGCUCUUCUCGACUAGGCUCACUAUUCCCGAGGAUAGUUCCCGUUUUCAAUCCUUUACGCGUCAUCUUAGGCAUUACACUUCCAGAAAGAUCACAUACCGGUCCGACGCUCACAAAGCGCUAACUGGUAUCUCUAUGUCAUUAUACAAAGGACCUAGCGCCUUUAUUAACGGGCUACCAGUAGUAGACUUUGACCGUGCGUUAUUAUGGUACCCUGACACUGGUACAAACCUUAUAGAGUAUCAUGAAACUCAGGGAGAAGUCUUACCAACGUGGUCAUGGUCCUCGGUCAUGGGCCUGUCCGAUCCACUUCACUACCAAGCAGCGGAUUUCUAUGGAACUUUAGCCCCUUGGUAUCACAUAAACUACCAUGUCAUAUCUUCUGCUUCUAUAGCAGCCUUGAAUGGUCACGCUGACUCGGGACCGGAUGAUGAUUGGCAAGUUUAUAUGGCUAUUGCCAUCAAGGAAGGAUGCAUGGGAAGCGUGCCCUUCCCUUUCUCAUUGGCAACCGAAAACUUCCAAGCCGUGCAUGAGCUGUUCAAUGCUAGAUGGAAAGAUUACCUCUCAUUCCGCAGGGAGGCCAUACCAUUGACCAUUAAGACGUCUGAAUUACCACAUGGCAUUUCCACAGACGCCGCAAAGCAAGGAGUCAUAGCAACAAGGUCCCACACUGCACUUCUCAGAGUAACUCCAAGACCUUACUCUUCCUUUUAUAUCAUCAACUCAGAAGGAGACACAAUCGGUGAACUCUGCGGAGAUGCGGCAAAACUGAGAGAACAUGUCAUCUCCCCGGAAUAUAACUCGCGCGCUGAGUUCGAAUUCAUCGCGCUCUCGCUAUCCGGAAUCGGAUCUUAUUCAAGGGACUUUAGUCGGAAGAACUAUAUUGAUGUUGAUGGGAACUCGUUGAAGAAGGCACCUAUCGUGAACGUGUUGAUGAUUGUCAAUAGUGGGGGCUUUGCACAUCGUCGGGAGCUGGGAUGGAUAUACCUUGUUGACUGGGCCAAGGUGCAACGAGAGUGGAAGAUCAUUGUGCUUGAAUGA